AUGAAAGCUAGUUUUGGCAGCUCGACAUCGUUUGCGCUAUGUCUCGCGGCAUGCUUUCUACAUUGGUCGCGUCUACAGAGAGGUGACCAUAAUAAAUUUAGUAUGGAAGAAUUAGGAGUGAUUGGGGCAUCUGCCAUGUACUGCAGAAAAGGUACACGGAGCUCUAUGUGUCUGUUGGACUCCUCUGUAGGUUUAAGCGGUAACGUAGCUAUAAUAUAUCAAUUGUUGGGCUACCUUCAUCACAAUAGAUUCACUUUCCCAAUGCCAAAAAUGAGGGUUCUCUUGGUUGAUUCGACUGUUCGCCAGAAUAAGUACGAUCAAAUAGAAUUACAUGAAAUAGUUAUUAGCCAGAGAAAUAACAAUUUACAAGCUUUAGUUCGACAGUUCAUAAUAUUAAAGAUCCUUGUUUUAUCAAAUCAACAUGUGCUAUGUAAAUUAAAUUUGUCCAAUCAAAUAUUGGAUGAUAUUUUAUAUAUUUCACAUGAUUAUGGUUAUGAUUCCACGGGAAAACUUACAGGUGAUGGUGAAAAGAAAUUUGCAUGCAUUUUGCUACGACCAGGUAUUUCAGAAGAACAAAUUGAUAAUAUUUCCGCAGAGAUGGAGUCAUAUGAUUUCCCUGUUAUGAUAACUAGCAUAGGUUGUGACGGAGUAAGAAUUGAGGACUAA